UCUGUAUAUCGAAAUUUGAGAUGGGAGCAGACGACGACCUUGGUUUGUGCACUGAUUUACAGGAGAAGGGUAUGGAAAUCGACAAACAAUUUCUUGCCGCCCCUGUGAAGACUUCAGUCGACAAGUUCCAAUUGCUCCCCGAAUUUUUGAAGGUGAGAGGUCUCGUGAAACAACAUCUGGACUCUUAUAAUUACUUCGUGAGGACGCAUAUAAAAAAGAUUGUUCAGGCCAAUGAUCUCAUCACAGCUACUAAGGACCCUAGUAUUUAUUUGAGAUACAAAGAUGUUCGCAUUGGUGAACCAUCAAUGGUAUUGGACGGUGUUACCGAGAAGCUUACUCCCCAGAAGUGCCGGCUUCUCGACACGACUUAUACUGCUCCAAUAUACGUGAACAUAGAAUAUGUUACCGGCAGCCAUGGUUCAAAGACAACUCAAAUGAAGAGAGAUGUCAUUAUUGGAAGAAUGCCUGUCAUGUUAAGAAGUUGCUGUUGCAUCUUGCACGGGAAGGAUGAAGAAGAACUUGCCAAAUAUGGUGAAUGUCCGCUUGACCCUGGAGGAUAUUUUGUCGUUAAAGGAAACGAGAAGGUACUUUUGAUACAAGAACAACUUUCGAAGAACAGAAUAAUCAUCGAUACUGAUAAUAAAGGCUGCGUGCAAGCAUCUGUUGCAAGUAUUACAGCGAAAACAAAGAGCAAAACAAUUAUAAGAAUGGAGAAAGAGAAGAUAUAUCUGCUCCUGAAUAAGUUUGGAACCAAGGUUCCGAUCAUGAUAGUCCUUAAAGCUAUGGGUAUGGAAAGUGAUCAAGAGGUUGUCCAGAUGAUUGGAAGAGACCCUCGUUAUAGUGAACUGCUAUUGCCAUCAAUUGAGGAUUGUGUAAAGGAAUCUGUACACACACAACAUCAGGCACUGGCGUUCCUUGACCACAAGGUUAAUAAUAGGUCAUACUAUUCUACAACAUACGAGAAGGAAGGGCGUGCUCUUAGUAUCCUUCGAGACAUUUUUCUUGCCAAUAUCCCUGUGGAUCAAGAUAAUUUCCGUUCAAAAUGCAUAUAUGUUGCUGUAAUGGUGAGGCGCAUGAUGGAAGCAAUCUUAAACAAGGAUGCAAUGGAUGACAAGGAUUAUGUGGGGAACAAAAGAUUGGAACUGUCUGGACAAAUGCUAUCACUACUUUUUGAGGAUUUGUUCAAGUCAAUGAACGAGGAAGCUGUUAAAAGUAUAGAUAAAAUCUUAGCAAAGCCAAGUCGUUCUAGUCGACUUGACAUCUCUCAGUAUAUUGUGAAAGAUUCCAUUACUUUUGGUCUAGAGAGAACUCUUUCUACUGGAAAUUUUGAUCUCAAAAGAUUUGGAGUGAAUCGAAAAGGAAUGGCACAGGCUGUAGCUAGACUGUCAUAUAUAGCAACUGUAGGUCAUAUGACAAAGAUAAUACCACAAUUUGAAAAAUCUAGAAAAGUUAGCGGACCUAGAGCUUUACAACCCAGCCAGUGGGGGAUGCUAUGCCCUUGUGAUACUCCUGAAGGUGAGGCCUGUGGACUGGUGAAAAAUCUGGCACUGAUGACUCAUGUUACAACAGAUGAAGAUGAAGGCCCUCUCAUUUCUCUGUGCUACACUCUUGGAGUAGAAAGUUUCGAGUAUCUUUCUGGUGAAGAAGUUCACAUGCCAAACUCCUAUCUGAUCAUAUUCAAUGGACUCAUUAUUGGCAAGCACAGGCGGCCACAAAGAUUUUCCAAUGCAAUGAGAACACUACGAAGGGCUGGUAAAAUUGGCGAGUUCAUAAGCAUUUUCGUGAACGAAAAGCAGCGUUGUGUUUACAUUGCUUCAGAUGGUGGCCGUGUUUGUCGCCCACUCGUGAUCGCUGACAAAGGCGUAUCAAGAAUUAAGGAGCACCAUAUGAAGGAGUUGAAGGAUGGAGUCCGGACCUUUGACAGUUUCCUAAAAGACGGUUUGAUCGAAUAUCUUGAUGUCAAUGAGGAGAACAAUGCUUUGAUUGCUUUAUAUGAAGACAAUGCGAAAGAAAAAACAACCCAUAUCGAAAUAGAGCCUUUUACAAUACUGGGCGUGUGCGCUGGGUUGAUCCCCUAUCCUCAUCAUAACCAGUCACCGAGAAAUACGUACCAGUGUGCUAUGGGAAAGCAAGCUAUGGGCAACAUUGCAUAUAAUCAGUAUUGCAGGACGGACACGUUAAUGUGUCUCUUAGUUUAUCCACAGCGACCAUUACUAACAACACGGACAAUCGAGCUGGUGAGCUUUGAUAAACUGGGAGCUGGGCAGAAUGCAACUGUUGCGGUGAUGAGUUAUAGUGGAUAUGACAUAGAGGACGCAAUAGUAAUGAAUAAAUCAUCCUUGGAUCGUGGUUUUGGUCGUUGCAUUGUUAUGAAAAGAAUGGUUUCAGUUUGCCUGAAGUAUGAAAAUAGCACAUCUGAUCGUAUUAUUAAACCACAAAGAGAAGGACAGGAUUGUGAAAAGAUGCAGAUAUUAGAUGAUGAUGGACUAGCAGCUCCUGGACAAACUAUUCGAGCCGAUGACAUCUAUAUCAAUAAGCAGUCCCCUAUAGUCACUAGGGUGCCAGUGAAAUCCCCCAUGGCCCUUCCAGAUAGCUCAUACAGGUCAAGUAGAGAGCAUUAUAAAGGUUCUGUAGGAGAGUCAGCUGUCAUAGAUAGAGUGGCACUCUUCUCUGACAGGGAUAACAACAUGAAAAUCAAAUUCAUGACUCGUCAAACUCGUAGGCCAGAGGUUGGGGACAAAUUUAGUAGCCGUCACGGGCAAAAAGGAGUUUGUGGCACAAUUGUUCAACAGGAAGAUUUCCCAUUUUCCGAGCGUGGAAUAUGUCCUGAUUUGAUCAUGAAUCCUCAUGGAUUUCCUAGCCGUAUGACAGUUGGGAAAAUGAUAGAACUUCUUGGUAGCAAAGCUGGAGUUUCUUGUGGUAGGUUUCAUUAUGGAAGUGCAUUUGGUGAGCCCAGCGGGCAUGCAGAUAAAGUCGAGACUAUAAGUGAAACCCUAGUGAAGCACGGUUUUAGCUACAAUGGCAAAGACUUCCUCUAUUCAGGCAUCACCGGGGAGCCUCUGCAAGCAUAUAUUUUCAUGGGUCCAAUUUAUUACCAAAAGUUGAAACACAUGGUGUUAGAUAAAAUGCAUGCUCGAGGUCAUGGACCUAAAGUUAUGAUGACUAGGCAGCCUACAGAAGGAAGAAGCAACAAUGGAGGUCUACGGGUGGGAGAAAUGGAACGUGAUUGCUUAAUUGCAUAUGGUACCAGUAUGUUAUUAUACGAGCGCUUGAUGAUUUCUAGUGACGAGUUUGUGGUUCAGGUCUGCCGGAAGUGUGGUCUCUUGGGGUAUUACAACUUUAAGCUGAAGACAGGCAUUUGUUCUACAUGUAAGAAUGGAGAUAAUAUAUCUACUAUGAAAUUGCCCUACGCGUGCAAGCUUUUAAUCCAGGAGCUCCAGUCAAUGAACAUCGUUCCUCGUUUAAAAUUAACUGAGGCAUAAUGCUCCGUUCUUAGUCAUGGUUAGGGGCAUCCUUGUAAAAUGUUGAAGUGCGAGGGUCUCUUUUCGGAGGUGGAAGGGCAGCUUAUUAUUAUUAUUAUUAUUAUUAUUUAAUUUAUUUAUUUUUGUUUCUUUUUUUAUUUUUCCUUUUCGGAAUGAUAGAUAAAUUAUUAUUGUUAUGAUGAAUUUUGAAAUAAUGAUUGAUUGGUAUUAUGGUAUAUAUGUUGACUAGUUUUUUUUUUUUUUUUUUUGUUUUUUGUUAAUAUAGUUUUUUUUGGAAUAUUGAAAUUUGUGGUGUCGUUGACACAACGCUUUGUAACAUAUAUAAACAUUUUUUGGAAUGAUGGAUAAA